CCAAGAAAAAGAAAAUAAGAAACGCCCUUCUCCCUUCCGUCCUUCCUUCCUUCCUUUCUACACUGGCUCUCCGUUUAAAGCAUAAAGUAAAGCAUUUGAAAAACCCAAAUUUGAAGGAAGGAAGAAACCUUUUCUCCUUUCUGUUCAUUCAUGUCAUCGCCCUGUCCCACCUCCAACUAACAACCAUCCAUCGUAAAACCAACACCCUCCCCCUCCCCCUCCCCCUCCCCCUCCCCGAGUCCGAUAUUGUUAUUGUUACUACUUACAACUUCUCCUUGUUAUAAUAUAAAUAAAUUAGUGUUAUUAUUGUUUCCGCGUCGUGGCCUCCCCUCCUCUCCCUGGAAAAAAUUAGAGAGAAAGAGAAGAGUGCGACGGAGCAACACAUAAGAACACACACCAUCAGCAGUAGAAGAAGAGUAAGAGGAGAAGGGGUAUCACCAGUUUCAAAAUUAACAAGAGCUUUAGAUCCGUAUAAUAACUGUAUUCCACAGACAGACAGUUGACCAAAGCGAAGAGCUAUGGGCAGGGGGGACAAUAAGGAGACAGCAGGCAUACCCGACAGCGAUUCUGUUAAAAUGACGCGGAGGAGCGGCACCGGAGGUUUCCUAUCCCGUCUUUGGAAGGCUGUCUUUAGACCGCAUGGCGACGACUUCGAGAAGAGACUGCAACACAUUUCUAAGGAAGAGGCUGCUGUUUUGGCUAGAAUCAAUCGGAGGUCCCGUACUCGGAGGAAGAUCAUUCGCCAUCUUAUUGUUUUCUCUGUCCUUUUUGAGGUCAUCGCAGUCGGCUAUGCUAUUAUGACUACAAGAUCAAUGGAUUUGAAUUGGAAAAUGAGAGCUUUUCGAGUCUUACCAAUGUUUCUUCUGCCUGCUUUAUCAUCCCUUGCUUAUUCUGCCUUUGUAAGCUUCACCAGGAUGUUUGAUCGCAGAGAUCAAAACACUCUGGAGAGGCUUCGGGCUGAAAGGCAAGCAAAAAUCGAUGAACUUAAAGAGAAGACAAAUUACUAUACGACACAGCAGCUAAUUCAGAGAUAUGAUCCUGACCCAGCAGCUAAGGCAGCUGCUGCAACUGUCCUUGCAUCUAAGCUGGGUGCGGAUUCUGGCAUGAAGGUUUAUCUGGGAGAUGAAUCUAAGCCUACUACUCCUACAGGGAAGAGUAAUGACAUUGAGCCUGUACAAGGUAGUGGACUCAGAAAUAGAAAGCAAGUGCACACAAGGUCCAGUAGUGCAGGGAGCACGCUGGUGCAGCAUUCUGGUGAAGAAAUGCCACUUUCUGUGCAAAGUGAAGGUCCUCUGACAUCUGAGCAUAGUCAGCUUGUUGUUGAGCAUGGCAAUCUGCAGGGAUGUACUGCAUAUGAUGGGGGAUGGGUUGCUCGAAUUGCAGCAUUGCUUGUGGGUGAGGAUCCAACACAAUCAUAUGCACUGAUAUGUGGCAACUGCCAUAUGCACAAUGGGCUUGCUAGGAAGGAGGAUUUUCCAUACAUUACAUAUUACUGCCCACAUUGUCGUGCCCUGAACCAGCCAAAACAACUAGAAGAGCGUGUUUCUGGCUCUAGUUCCCCCGGAUUGAGCACUUUGAGGAAAGGGACGGGGGGGAGCGCUGAACCCAUCAGCAAUGCUGGUGAUUCUCCGAGUGAUGAUAGUAUACUUGCAAGUAACGGCCGUGAUGGAGCUGGUUCUGAGAUGGUGGAAGUAACAGAGACGAUAGCAUCACGGGCGGUUACUAGUUAAAGACCGGAGCUAUGUAAUUAGUGGCGAGGUUGUCAUGUUCAGCCUAAAAUCUGACCCUAAGGGUUUGGGACUUGCUGGUUUGUAUUGGAUUUUUGGUCGUGCCUGCCAUGUAACAAGCAGCAGCACCUUGCAUGAUACUUCUGAGUGAGUACUUUUCGUGGCCAAUGAUAUAUGAACAGAUCAAAUUGUCUUA